GUAAAAGGACUAUUGUGUUAUACUCAACACUUACACCAUGCCUGAACCAGCGAAGUCUGCUCCCAAGAAGGGCUCCAAGAAAGCGGUCACUAAGACCGCGGCUAAAGGAGGAAAGAAGCGCAGAAAGUCCAGGAAGGAGAGCUACGCUAUCUACGUGUACAAAGUGCUGAAGCAGGUCCACCCUGACACCGGCAUCUCUUCGAAGGCGAUGGGGAUCAUGAACUCUUUCGUCAACGACAUCUUCGAGCGCAUCGCCGGUGAGUCGUCUCGUCUCGCUCACUACAACAAGCGCUCCACCAUCACCUCGAGAGAGAUCCAGACCGCCGUGCGUCUGCUGCUGCCCGGAGAGCUGGCCAAACACGCCGUGUCUGAGGGCACCAAGGCCGUCACCAAGUACACCAGCUCCAAGUGAAGCGUGAUCUGACUCCCGACAACCCCAACGGCUCUUUUAAGAGCCACCCAUCCUUUCAGUUAAAGAGCUUUAUGUACUAUUGCGGUCUGUGGUUGGUUUAACGUUAGGUCAACGAAUCCAGAACUCCACUUAAUUUCCUUUUCAAAUCUUGAGGAAAGGGCAGGUUAAAACCUGCAACAAGGAUUUAAGCAAUGAAGCAAGGGCAUUAGAGCCCACUGAUGUGGUAAUUUUUUAAAUGGCUUGGUUUUGGUCUUUUAAUUGGUUAAAGAAAUUUCUAAAAUAAAUUAUUUUGAAUAUCCCUGAUCUAGCAAUUAAAAGUGGUUAAAAAUAUACUGAUUUUAAAUAAAUAGUUUGAAUAGUCUGGGGCCACUGGUGCAAUGGUCUCAAUCUCGAAUCGCCUUACUACCUGGUUAUUAAACUACAAAUGAAUAAAACCGUAUAAAUGCUUGAAUCCGAUCAUUCUGAUAAUCAAACUGCUCAUCUGGAGGCCAGAUGCCAGGAAACCCUCAUUUGAACAUGUUUAUUUAUUUCAUUUUGGUUAAAUUGGUGGUUAUUUUAAACCGUUGUUUUAUUUAAUUUUAUCUUUAUUUUCACUUCAGUCAUCCAAAAGUACUAAUUCAGUUUUAAUGUUUAAGUGGAGACCGGUGCUGCUGUAGUAAUCUUCAUUGCACAAAAUCUGUGUUUGAUGCAAAAGGUGAAUGCGACGAUGGAUUGUUUUUUGUUUAAAGUAAUGGAGUAAUCACAAAAAGGUGAGAUGUGUUUAUCAAAUACAGCACUGAAGACUCAAUUCAAUGUAAGAAUAAUUCUCAACAUAUGAAUACUGAGGAAUGAAAUAUAACUGAGAAACUGGAGAUUCUACAAAUCAGCAUAAGAGGGACAACAUGCAGUGAGAAAAUGCUUUAAUUCUGCUGUAUCUGUACAACACCACUGGCUGAACAGCCCUGGCCACUGUUAUAAAUAUAACUGUUUUAUACCAUUCUUUAUGUUUCAAAUACAAUAUUGCACUGCUGAAUAAAAUAAGAUGUCAAUGGCAUAUGG